AUGGCGUGGGGAGGUAUCGACAAGGCGGAUUGGUGGUGCGGGGGUACUUGUCUUCCAGACGCUUUCAAGAUUCAUUUCGAAACUUUAAACAACUUACCCAACCCCACUCCACAAUACCCAGUUCUUUUCGAAGACCUGAACAACAGCAUUCCUCGGAACAGCUCAAGCUCUCAACAACUACCCACCACCAUUCUACCUAACGUCUUUACGACGGCUUCCCAAACCCUUCAGUCACCAUGGCCUACCCAACCCCAAUCAACGAGCCCUUUGGCACCACAGCAAUCGCAGCAACCCUCCCCACAGACGGAUUAUCAAACUCCUCCGGACUUCGUGCUCUUCCCGCGUCGUUCUCUCGAGGCGUCUCCCAACGCUCAGAAUAUCCCUAAUCUGCCCCGCAACCACGCCCCCAGUGGUAGCAAUCGUCGUCACUCCGCAAACCCCCUGUCUGCCCCGUCCCUGCAGAACCAGAGAGUAGCCGCGAUCAUCCAAGGCACAGGCCAUCAGAUUUCUUCUCCAGCGUUUACAAACCGGUAUAAUCCAUUCCCGCAGCAACAGCAGUUCUACGCGCUGUCUGCCCCGUCGUCGUCCGCCGCUCUACAGUCCCAGAUCAGGACCCGUCCCCAGGUCCCACUGUUCUCGCAGAGCACCGGCAACAUCCAUUCCAACAACAAGCAAUCGUUCCCCCCCAACAACAUGGCGCAAGACAUGAACUUAUUCGACGACUUCGACUCGUUCGACCUCAAGUCCUCGGACAACAUGAACUUCCCGGAUCUCGACUACAAGUACUCUCCCGCAGUGCCCACCAUGUACUCGCCCGCGCCAGCCAUGAACCGAACCGAUUCCGCGUCCACGAGCAUGGGCACGGUGUCGCCGCAGGACCUCAUGGUCCGCGACGCCACCUUCUCCGCGCCCAACUCCACCGUCUUCACGAACCUGACGUCGCCCUCCCAAUACAACGAGUCGCCCGACUACCUCCACGACCUCGACGUCUCCCCGAUGUACAACUCGGACGACCUCACCAACGGCGACCCGUGGUUCCCCCUCUUCCCCGAAGGCGACGCUUCCUUCCCCGCCCCCGUCGCGGUUGACACUUCUCCUCUCGCCGUUGACGAGGAGCUCGAGGUUGGUGACGCUCUCCGCGAGCGCCGCCGUCGCUCCGACAGCUCUCCUCACUCCAAGGCCGCUUCGGCAGCCGCGGGAGUCAGCGCCCGCAAGCGCAACCAGCCCCUCCCACCCAUCGUGGUCGAGGAUCCCAACGACACUGUCGCCAUCAAGCGCGCGCGCAACACUCUUGCAGCGCGUAAGUCGAGGCAGAAGAAGAUGGAGCGCUUUGACGAGCUUGAGGCGGAGAUUGCAAAGAUCGCUGCCGAGAGGGAUAUGUGGAAGGCGAAAGCGCUCGCGAGGGGCGCAAACUGAUGUUUCGCUUGACAUCAUCACACUUUUCUUCACAUUGAUUGGGGUUGGGAGGCUUGCUGCGCUCUCGGCCCUGGGUAGUUUCGGAGGCAGUCUUUGGCUUUGUCCAAACUCUGCCGUGGGUUUCAACAAAAGUUCUCUAUUUCUUUUUACUGGACAUUGUACGUUUCUUUGUGCGGAGUGUAUUACGGAUUUUCACGACCUUUUUUGUUUUCUCGAAGACUUUAACUUCUCACUGUUUAUUACGAAUUGCGUUUGGGACUCCUGAGAGUGAAAAAGUUUACAUCGGGGAAUGGAAAGAAAGGAAGGAUAUGAAGAGAUCCGGCCCGCGUUGCUUUUUAUAUUUGGUGUCCUCCCCCUUCAAUGGGGUUGAAGGGCUUUUGCUUAUACAUGUUGUUCGAUUGUGUUCCGACUCUCUUGCCUUCUCUCCCAUCGUGGAAGACUUUGCGGCGGGGAAGGGGGAGAGGAACGGUGACCAGCUUUUUCUUGCUUUUUGUGUUAGAACAGACACCUUAAUAGUUUUUAUGUUCGGUGUUGGGCCUCGUAGAGGUUUAGCGUUGGGCUUAGAAUUGAAGAUGCGUUGGUUUUGAU